AUGGGCCCGGCGUGGACGCAGCCGCCGCUCCGGCCACUCUCGCGCCUCGGGCCGCACAAGCAAGAGCUCGAGCGCGCCAAGCCCAAGAAGAAGGCGAAGGCGAAGGCGAAGGGCGCGGGUAGCAGGAAGGGCCGCAAAACGGGGGCGCAAGCGCAGACGCCUCUUUCCUCCACCGCCGCCUCGGCGAGCGCACACAAUUACCUCAAGAACGGCGUCGUGCUCGCGAACCCGGCGGGACGACACCCGAUAUACGAGCUCAUCGAGAACGCCGAGCGGGAGUGGGAGGGCAUGUUGCACCGGCAGAGUAAGAGUCUCGACGAGGCUGUGGCCGAGUACGAGCGCCGGUACGGGCGGCGACCACCGAAGGGCUUCGACCGAUGGUGGGACUACGUCGAGACGCAUGACGUGCUGCUCCCGGACGAGUACGACCAGAUUCACGAAGACCUCGAGCCCUUCUGGGCGAUACCUCCGGAGCUGCUCCAAGACAUCCAAUACGCGUGGGAGGCCGCGCCCGACACGUACACGCUCGGUCGAUACGGGAACUGGAAGGGCGCCGGAGUGACCAUCGUCAACGAUACGCUUCGCGACGCGACGUUCGAGAAGCAGAUCCGGGGCUCGCGCGAGAUCACCGCGCUGCUGAAGGACGUGCAGGAGUUCAUCCCGCCGUUCAGGGCCGUGUUCAGCACGGCCGACGGACCGAGCUUGCUCUCCAGCUGGCGACUGCGGGAGGAGGCCAAGAAGACCGUACAAGCGGGCAAAUACCUGGACAUCGCCGACCUGCCGCCGCACGAGGACAUCGGCUGGCUCUCCGCCUGCGCGCCGACGUCUCCUGCGCGCGCCGUCGCGGACGCCUUCGCUCUAGCCCCUCUGAACACCACCGCGAACCGCACGCGCGCGUUCGUGCACGCCCCGCUCCGCGCCUCGGACCCGUGCCAGCACCCGUCCUUGCUCACCUCGCACUCCGCCUUCCUCGCGCACGGGAAAGGGCCCGCGCUGCCGGACCCGCGCCUCGUGCCGCAGUUCUCGUGCGCGACGACGGGCGCGCACGCGGACGUCGUCGCCGUCGGGUAUCAGGGGACCGGCAGCGGGGACGACGAGGUGCCCGCGGUGGAGUGGGAGGAGAAGCUGGACGGCUCGAGGGAUGAUGAAGGGAACGGUAGGCUCUUUUGGAGGGGAGGGCCGGCGUGCGCGGGCGAGGCGUGGUGCGGCGCGGCGCAGAGGGCGCGGCUGGUCAAGCUCCGCGACGGCGGCGGCGCUGUGAUGGUCGCGAACGCGACGGGGUGGGGCACGGCCGAGGUGGAGGCGGGGGGAGGCGGGCUGUUGGACGUACGGUUCGCGGAUCGGCCGAUGGACGCGCGCGAGCUGGCGAGGCACAAGUUCGCGAUGGACGUGGACGGCGGCGGGGAGCAGGAGGCCGGGUUUAAGCGUCUUUUGGCGUCGGGCGCGGUCGUGCUCCGGUCGACGGUGCGCCGGGCGUGGUUCGAGCGCCGGAUGGUGUCGUGGGUGCACUACGUGCCCGUGCAGAACGACUACUCGGACGUGCUGGACGUCAUGGCGUUUUUCACCGGGCUCGGGGGGGACGCUCAGGUUGCGGAGAAGGACGCGUUGGCGAAGAGGAUCGCGGAGCACGGGAAGGAGUGGACGCGGAGGAUGUGGAGGAAGGAGGAUCUGACGGCGUAUUUGUUCAGGCUGUUCCUCGAGUAUGCAAGGCUGAUGAGCGUCGAGCGCGAGAAGAUGGAUUUCGAGGAUAUCGAGAACGAGUGGCGGCGCUAG